GCGGCGCGAAUGCCACCUCGCCCGCUCGCCCGGGCGGCGCGCCACCGCCGGCGCCCGGGCCCGCGGGCAGGCCGCCGACGCCGACCGCCCGCGACGCCCCUCCUGCCGUGCCAGUGGCUCUGAGCUCCAAUUUCGAGGAGGCUGGAGCCGUGGGAGGCGCGGUGGUCCAGGAAGGGCCCCGCGGCGCCACCGCGCGGAGGCAGCGCGGAGGCCGCCGGCGCGGCGUCGCCAGCACCGCGCUCGGCGAGGCGCGCGCGGAAGGCGCGGAGGCGGUGCCGUUGGGCCGGGCGCCCGGGCAG